UCUGUUAAACAGGAUGCUGCUUCUCCGUUUACUGCGGCAACAGCUGAGGUCUGCUUCCUGAGUUUUCUUCCGACCUCAGAGAGUUACAGGGCAGAAAGGAAGUUUGUGUGUGAUUGUGCGAAGGCAAAAGGGAUUGUGUAGUGUACAUUUGUGAGAACGAGGAAAAGAAAGGAGGUUAAGAGAGAGAAUGAGAGAGCAUGGAAUGCUGUGAUGUCGCCACCUAAGUCAUAACACAAAGGCAAGAAGGACACACAAGCACUCUCUCUCCCACUUAGUAAAGUCUGCCGUGGAGCGUCCGCACCCAGCUCAUGUCCAGUUUAUGGAGGCUGAUCAGUGAUGAGAGCGUGUGUGUGGUGAAGGCACGUCACAGCAGCGGGUUUGAGGACCAGUCCGGGCUUCAUCAUUGUUACCAUCAUCACCAUCCUUGCUUUUACAGACCAUUGCUGAACCUUAGGAUAUAUAAAGGACCACCACACACACGACCAUGCUGCAGCAGAUCUUGAAGGACAUGUACAUCGACCCGGAUGUGUUGGACGCUCUGAACGAAAAGCAGAAGAAGACCCUCUUCCUAAAGAUGCGUGAGGAGCAGGUGCGACGCUGGAAGGAGCGAGAGGAGAAGCUGGAGAGGGAGCCAUUCAAUCCCAAACCAAAGACAGCUCGUAGAAAGAGUGUGAGCUGGCUGCUGGGACGAGACGGAGAUGUGCAGGUCAAUGUCAUCGGUGAGGUGGAUGAACUCAAAUGCUCCAAGAUCAUCUAUUCAGGGUUUGGAGAGAGAAAAACACCCAGCGUCCUCAACAUUUCAUACAACCAGCCCGGCACUUUGAAAAGCAACUUGGCAAACCGAACAUCAGCAGAACCUGUACGAUCAGGGAGAGAAAAUCUUCCACCCAAAGUGCAUUCAGGAGUCCAGCUGAACUUAAAGGAGAACAAUGACAAAGACUUAAGGACUGUGGUGCCUCCACAGGUGCCAGUGAAUGAAGAAAAGCUGUCAUUAACUGUAGAAAAUGUAUCCCAUCAUCAGCCUCAAGAGUCCACAGAGAAGGCUGAGUCAGGAUGGUCAGAAGAUGACUCAGCACUCUUGUCCUCAAUUUGCUAUCAGCCCCGCAUGAGAUCUUUCCUCCAGACACACUCGGCUCUCAGGAGCCCUGCCCAUAUAGACACAGAGGAAAGGAUGACCAAUCAGUUGCCUGAUACAUCCAGAUUCCAUCCCCAAGACACCCCCAAACCACAGAUCAACAGAGGAAAAGAUUUCCAAAUGAUGCCCGCCGCUAAUCGGGCGUUUUCUGUUGAUGUGGGGUCUGAAGUAGCCGAGAAGAUCUGUUUGGGACGGGGCCGUGUUGCUCAGCUUAUGAAAACAUUCAGUGUGUCCAGUGAGUCCCCGUCCUCUCAAGCUCCACCCCGUGCCAACAAACCUCCAAUCGCGGAAAAGCCUUGCCACUUGAGGCUCCGCCCCUCACCCUCCCUCAGGUAAUCGACAAGGGACCAACCCCUGCACUUCAUCCAGGCCCCUUCGGACGCUGCAAGACACCCAACCAGGUGUCUUGUUAAUUGGCUCUAUUGAGGUGUGGAUGCUUAGCUUCUCUCAGGAACUUGAAUGCUUUAGUUGCCAAAAUAAUGCAGCAGGGGAAAGUUUUUUGCAAUGUUGUUUGUUGUUUUUUUGUAUUUUUUUUUUUUUUUUUGUGGUAUGAGGAUGUUUGUAAAACUUUCAGAAGGAAUGAAA